AUGGGAAUCUGGGAGCACCGAGGCAAGGUCGCCGUUGUAGGUUGGGGUCAGUCCCAUAUGGACCGGCGCUGGGACGGUGUGGCCCUGGACAGGAGCUGCGGCGGCUUGAGCAAGGAGGCAUGCCUGAAGGCAAUUGCAGACGCGGGCCUGUCGCUGGACGACAUUGAUGGGCUUAUCACCAGCCCGGAGACCCGUGCGGAGCAGACUUGGGCGCCUCGCCCUUAUUUUGACCCGCCCUACGACACCGAAGACGGCCUGACCUAUGCUUCGGCGGAGUGGAUGCAGAGGGAGUUGGGGUUGAAGAACGUAAAGUAUCUCAAAUCCGAUGCACCCUACAUCGGCCCGAUGAUGGGCCUGGCCGCUCAGGCGGUCGGUGACGGUUUAUGCGAGACCGUCCUGGUAUGGUACCCGAUGGUUAACCUCGAAGGCCGGUACGGGCACAACAAUCCACAGAAUAUCAAUCAGGAGGCCCCCGGAAAUAGCGCCUUUUCUCUGCCGUGGGGUUAUCAGAGCGGCGCCAUGUUCAACAAUCUGGUGAUCUUCCUGCAGUACUGCAAAAAAUACGGCAAGUCCCACGACGGGCUGGCCCCUCUCUGUUUGAACUUGCGCAGAAACGGCCUGAUGACUCCCUGGGGGUACUACGCUCUGCACGAGCCGUAUCAGCUCACCCUUGAGGACUACUGA